ACUGUCUCAAUGGAAGUGGUACCAGCCUGGGCCCCAGCAGUGGGUUUCACAGUCCUACCCCAUGCAGGAGGACUUUUAGGAAGCAAGAUAACCAAAAAGGAAAUCCCAGUGUGGUAUGAGUCUCUACAGAAGCCAUCCUGGUGUCCACCUAACUGGGUGUUUGCUCCUGUUUGGGGAACUCUCUAUACAACUAUGGGAUAUGGCUCCUACCUGGUGUGGAAGGAGUUGGGGGGCUUCAACGAAAAGUCAGUGGUUCCUCUGGGUCUGUAUGCAGGGCAGCUGGCAUUAAACUGGGCAUGGACUCCAGUAUUUUUUGGAGCUCACAAAAUGGGAUGGGGGUUGGUGACUCUCCUGCUCACAACUGGUACAGCAACAGCUACAACUGCUUCCUGGUAUAAUGUCAACAAAACAGCAGCUUAUUUGAUGGUUCCUUAUUUAGCCUGGCUAACCAUGGCUUCUGCACUCAAUUACCGUAUCUGGAAGGACAAUCACAACAAGAAAUAAUCUGAAUAAACAGUUUUCAGCCAAAAAGAUUUUUUUUUUUCACAAGAAUUUUCUAAAUAAAGUUAUGGCCUUAUUUUAAUUUUAGCUGAAGUACUUAUACCAUUAGUUUGCUAAUUACAAGUUGACAAAGCAGUACUUGUUUAAAACAAAUACGCCUUUACUAGGCAAGUCACAAAGGGGUGUACGCCUGACUGGGUUUUAUAGCAAACUAAAAGAUAGUGCUGAUUGAAAAGU